UUAUAAGAUAAUAACAGCUGUUUUUAUCUGCUAACUGCUUCUAGCCAAAAAGGUUCCAAUGAUCGUGAGUCGUACGUUAAAACAACAGUAACAAAAAAACAACGACGACAUUUAGUUAUUUGAGUUGUCUCCACUACUCUCUCUCUCGCGAAAUCAACAACAUAGUGUUUGUGUUUGUUAGCAAUAUCAAUCAGAUAUCAAUAGUAAUUAAUACUUUAUUUUUGAUUUACAUCUCUUGUUAACCCUUUCUUAUAACUUCAGAUUGAUUUUUUUUUAUACAUAAAAGAUUUGUAAUCGUGAUAAAUAAUAAGUCAAACAAUUCCUUUUUAAUCAUACUAUUGAAGAGAAAGUAAUUUUUAUUUUUCUAGUUUUUAGUUGCUUCCAAUUAUCAAAAGGUAGUAGGUAGAUGAUCACAAUGUUAUCAUUUAAAUUAAAUAUUGAUUAAAUAAAAUUUCCAUUAAUAACUUAUGAGUUUAUAGAUUUUUAAAAAUAAAUGGUUUCAUUUGACAAGUGAAUAAGAGUUAUUGGAAAUUUGGCGAUUAUGAUUUUUUUCUUAUAAAUUUGAUAUUUUGUUUUAGCAAUGUGUGACAUAUGUGUUUGGUAUAUGAUAUUCUGAACAUUUUGGAGUAUGGGUUUACUAGAGAGAUUAUAGAAAUGCUUAUGUGCUUUAUAUCGACUUUUAAUCCGAUUUACGAAUUAUUUGAUAUAGACAUAAUUGUUGGUGGAAUCCUAAGAAUGAAAACAAGUGGACGUUUCAUCUCUUUUUCAAGAGUGAACUCAACAUCUUAGAGAAAUAUGUUGAUUUUUUUUUCCUUAUACUAAACAUGCAUCCACAGAACCACUACAUAGAUAUUUUUUUGUGCAUGUUAUAAAUUUUGCGUCUAUUAUACCAUUUAAAUGACAAAUUAAUCGUAUAAUUGAUAAAAUUUAUAAUUAACAUAAUAACUUUUUUCAAUCGUAUUCUUUAUAACCAUCUCUUACAAUUUUAGAUUGGUUCUUUUUAGAUUUUAUAUAAAGAAGACGAUACCCAAUUUCAUUCUCUUGUUUAAAUCUUGUUUUGACAUCCUUUAUAUGUUGAUGUGACCUAAACAGGUGGGUCAUUUCAUCUAUUAAAUGUGAUUUUGGGAGUAUGUGAGUUUUGAUUUUUCCUGUGAGCUAAAUGAUUUACAGUGGAUGAUUGGUUACGAAGUCUCCAAGUUUGGAAUUUGCAAGGAUUAUGGAAGGGCAUCUCUUUCACCUUUUCAUGCUGAUAGUGAUAUUAAUUUGGGCAAUGUAAUGCAUAAAGAAUUUAAGACAAUUUCGAAUUACGUUAGCAAUGAAAUAUUCUCGAUUUGUGAAGAUGGUUCCAGAAUCAGAAAAAUGACCAGCAUUUGAAAGCUAUCUGAAAAACAUUAAGUUUUUUGAGAAAAAGCUUCACCAACUUAGAUAUCGUUUAUCUACCUAGGACGGAAAACAUAAAGACGGAUAGCUUGGCACGCAGUAUUCGAAAACAACCAUCUUUCGUCGUACAAAUGGAUGCAAAAUUACCGCAUUGGUUUACAUAGUCUACAUGAAUCUGUAAAAUAUUUACCGUAAGAAAAAGAAAAAAAUAUUUCACAAAUGUAUUAUGAUCUCUCUUUUUUGAUAAUUAAUGUAUUCCAAUCUUGUAUUUUUUUUUGUGAAAAUCUUGUAUCCUUUUGUGUUAUGAACUUAUGAUAAUGAAAUUCCAGCAUUAAAAAAGAAAAAAAAAAUCUGGUUCACGAAGUCUGGUGACUUCAUUUAAUAUUCUGUGAGUUGGUUUAUACUCCAAUAAGCAAAUAAGAUAACGCAAGUCACCCGUAAUAGGAAACACAUUCUAAGAGUAAUUAAUAAACUAGCUUAUGAAUUAUAUAAUUAACAAUCCCAUGUUAAAUUUUUUUUUUGAAUUACCAGGCGGUUCGAGCCGAACUCUAAUUUUCGAAACCACAGCAUUUAAUAUUAGCUUUAUCUCAACAGUCACUCUAGAGACCUUUGACACAAUGAUCAGAGUCCUUUAUAGUUGACUUAAUGAUCUAUCGUUCAAUGUUAAACUAUUAGUGAGUGCGUCAUUGUCACUGACUACCUCUAUAUAAACAUACGUACAUGAACCUUGUCCAAACUCCAAUCUAAUAAUCGAUCGUAAAGACGUAAAGACAAACAUCGACUCAUCACAAGAUCAUCGUCGUUAUGUGGAAGUUAAAAAUAGGAGAGGGAAAUGGGGAAGACCCUUACUUGUCCAGCACCAACAACUUUGUUGGACGUCAAACAUGGGAGUUUGAUCCCAAAGCCGGCACACCGGAGGAACGAGCCGCCGUGGAAGAAGCUCGCCGGAGUUUCUUGGUCAACCGUUAUCGUGUUAAAGGCUGCAGUGAUCUCUUCUGGCGAAUGCAAUUUUUGAAAGAGGCGAGGUUCGAGCAAGUGAUCCCGCCGGUGAAGAUCGACGGCGACGAAGCCAUAACUCACGAAAACGCGACGAAUGCGUUACGGAGAGGAGUUUCCUUCUUCUCUGCUUUGCAAGCCUCCGACGGUCACUGGCCAGGAGAAAUCACCGGACCUCUCUUCUUCCUUCCUCCGUUGGUGUUUUGUUUGUAUAUCACAGGACACCUAGAGAAGGUAUUCGAUGAGGAACAUCGCAAGGAGAUGCUUCGUCAUGUCUAUUGUCAUCAGAACGAAGAUGGUGGAUGGGGAUUACAUGUUGAGAGCAAGAGCAUUAUGUUCUGCACCGCGCUUAAUUACAUUUGCUUGCGUAUUCUUGGAGAAGGUCCCGAUGGGGGACGAGAUAACGCGUGUAAACGGGCAAGGCAAUGGAUUCUUGACCGUGGUGGUGUCACUUAUAUCCCUUCUUGGGGAAAGAUAUGGCUAUCGAUACUUGGAAUUUAUGAUUGGUCUGGAACCAAUCCGAUGCCUCCUGAGAUUUGGUUGCUACCUUCGUUUCUUCCCAUACACUUAGCGAAAACUUUGUGCUAUUGCCGGAUGGUUUACAUGCCAAUGUCGUAUCUAUAUGGGAAGAGGUUUGUUGGUCCAAUAACACCUCUUAUUCUGCAACUGCGUGAUGAACUCCUUUUGCAGCCUUACGAAGCUAUCAACUGGAACAAAACCAGGCGUCUAUACGCAAAGGAGGACAUGUAUUUUCCUCAUCCGUGGGUUCAAGAUUUGGUAUGGGAUGCUCUUAACGUCUUUGUGGAGCCGUUCCUUACGCGUUGGCCGUUAAACAAACUUGUGAGGGAAAAAGCUUGUCGGCUUGCAAUGAAACACAUACAUUACGAAGACGAGAAUAGCCAUUAUAUAACCAUUGGAUGUGUUGAAAAGGUAUUGUGCAUGCUUGCAUGUUGGAUUGAUAACCCUCAUGAAGACUACUUCAAGAAGCAUCUUGCUAGAAUUCCGGAUUACAUGUGGGUCGCUGAAGAUGGAAUGAAAAUGCAGAGCUUUGGAAGUCAACUAUGGGAUACAGGGUUUGCGGUUCAAGCUAUACUUGCUAGUGAUUUCCUUGAUGAAACUAGCAAUGUACUCAAGAAAGGACAUGAUUAUAUUAAGUUAUCUCAGGUUAGAGAAAACCCGUCUGGUGACUUUAAGAGCAUGUACCGCCACAUUUCCAAAGGAGCAUGGACUUUAUCUGAUCGAGAUCAUGGAUGGCAAGUUUCAGAUUGUACGGCUGAAGCUUUAAAGUGCUGCCUGCUGCUCUCCACCAUGCCAUCUGAGGUUGUUGGCCAGCAACUAGAUCCCGAACAAAUAUAUGAUUCUGUUAAUCUCUUGCUAUCUUUUCAGAGUGAGAAAGGAGGUGUGACUGCAUGGGAGCCUGUCCGUGCAUAUGAAUGGAUUGAAUUUCUCAACCCCACAGAAUUUCUUGCUAAUCUCGUGGCCGAGCGUGAGUAUGUGGAGUGCACCUCAUCUGUUAUACAAGCUUUGGUUCUGUUCAACCAACUCUAUCCAGACCACAGGACGAAAGAGAUAAGCAGGUCCAUCGAGAAAGCGGUGCACUACCUAGAAAACGAACAAAAGCCAGAUGGUUCAUGGUAUGGGAACUGGGGUGUUUGUUUCAUAUACGCCACAUGGUUUGCUCUUGGCGGCCUAGCAGCCGCUGGUAAAACAUAUGAAAAGAGUCUUGCUAUGCGUAAAGGUGUUGAGUUCUUACUCAGGACACAGAAAGAUGAUGGAGGCUGGGGCGAGAGCUAUCUGUCAUGCCCUGAAGAGAGAUACAUACCAUCAGAAGGGAAGCAAUCCAACCUUGUGCAAACAGCUUGGGCAAUGCUGGGUCUCAUUCACGCUGGACAGGCCGGGAGAGAUCCAAUACCUCUUCACCGUGCUGCAAAGCUUAUCAUCAAUUCGCAAAUGGAAGAUGGAGACUUCCCUCAACAGUCAUCGGAUUUGCAGGAGAUAGUAGGAGUGUUCAUGAAGAAUUGCUUGAUACACUAUGCUACCUACAGAAACACAUUCCCAUUAUGGGCACUUGCUGAGUAUCGUAAAGCUGCGUUUCCUAACUCAUCAACCACAUCUACAGCUUCCUAAAUAACUGCUCACCCAUUAUAGACAAAAGAAAGAACAAACUAUUGUCAAAAUGGAACAAAAUAGCAAAUUGUAACACUAAAAAAGUUACAUAUUCAGAUGAUAAGGAAUGUUUUUAAUUAUUAAAAAAGGAUGACUAUUAAAUAGGGAUUCUCACAAAGUUGUGAGGAUUUGAGGUUGCUUAGUA